AUGGUGACCAAAACCGAUGUGGAGGCUGCUUCCCAUAAGGAAGAGAUACCACACGAUCAUCUUUUCAAAGUCACUGGAUUAUCUUCGACGAAUUUGGAAAAAUUAGCUCAAGAACCUGGAUCAGACUUCGAAACAGCCAUAGCUGCAACAGGAUAUGGAUGGUUCAAUAUUACUCUCAUGCUGUGCACUUUCCCCGCUUUUUGGAGUGCUGUCUCCGUUACCAGCGCCCCAUCGUUCAUCUACACAAGAGCUCAGUGCGAUAUGCAACUGCGGCUGCUAGACAUGGGGACGGUCACCGCCAUGACUUAUAUUGGUAUGAUAUCGUCGGCAGUGGUUUGGGGCUUCCUGUCAGACACAUUGGGCAGAAAACAGUUACUGGUUUGGGGGUUUUUCGGCUCCGGCGUGAUGGAGAUCGCAGCAGCAAUGAGUCAGAACUUCACCAUGCUUCUCAUCACCAGAUUCUCCAGUGGAUUUUUAUUUAAUGGACCAUUCGCAGUCCUCAUCACCUAUAUAGCAGAGCUCCAUCGAACAGAUCUCCGAGCUCGCGUCAUCCUCCUCAGUAGCCUGUUUUACACAAUAGCCAAUACCACCCUGCCUCUAUUGGCGUGGGCUAUCUUACCGAUGGAUUGGGACUUCUCUUUAUUUAAUAAUACUUUUGUAUUACACUCUUGGAAUCUAUUCCUCCUGGCUACAGCGAUGGUCCCACUUCUAACUGGGUUAGCGUUCCUUUGUUUGCCUGAGAGUCCGAAGUUCCUUAUGUCCAGAGGACGCAACGAUGAAGCCCUCGAGGUGUUCCGCAGAAUAUACACAAUGAACAGUGGCAGGCAGCCGGAGACAUAUCCGAUAAUAAAACUAAUGGAGGAAAAGAGUCAACAGCGCAGUAGAGGUAUCGAAGCUCUAAAGGGCGGCGGAGCGCAGUUCGCGCCUCUCUUCAAAACCCCACAUAUAGGGUGGCUGGUACUACUGUGCGGGGCGCAUUGUGGCUGUAUGUUUGGUGCCAACACCAUCCGCCUCUGGUACCCACAGCUGGCCGCGCUGAUAGAAUCCGAUGGCGCCAGCCUCUGCUCAGCGAUAGCUCCUCACGUGCUGCCCCAAACAGAAGAGUGUGUCCCCAUCGAAACGGACAUGCUCACAUAUCUGCAGAACGCGGUGGUUGGUGCCGGCUCAGUUCUCACUUAUAGUAUUGGCGGUGCUCUGAUUAAUAGAUGUGGCAAGAAGUUAGUGGCCGGUGUCUGCGGGGUCCUGAGUGCCCUGUUCAUCAUCCUGCUGCCGUUCGUGGGUACCAGCGCGACGCCCGUGGUCGCGCUCGUCACCACCGCCCUCGCGCUGACCGCCCUGUGUGGCAGCUCUCUGUCUAGCAUCGCUGUUGAUCUCUUCCCUACUUCCCUUAGAGUAAUGGCAAUGGCGAUAUUUUUAAUGACUGGUCGAGUGGGGACGAUACUGGGCACUGUCAUCUUCCCGGCACUCAUCGACUAUGGCUGCUUGCCGCCAUUUAUGGUCAUUGGAGGAGUCCUAACAGAUUUGGUCAAUCGCCUCUACCGAGCGGUGUCAGAGCUACAACAC